AUGUUGAUUGGCGUUUCGGGCCCUGUUGCCUCGGGAAAAACGGAAAUUGCGCGCUACUUGACCUUCCAGGGGUUCCUGUUCAUUAGCACUUUGGCAGACUUCUCUUCAGAUCUGUCCUUAGCCCCUAGUCACACUUUCGCCAACAUCGAGGAGCUUAUUGCCCAUGUGACCAAGUACUACGACCAUAACUUUGUGAUGACCAACAUCUUGCACCAGAAAGACUUGGACAAGUUGCAGAUCCGGCCAUUUUUCCUCCACAUCGCGGUGGAUGCACCGUUGGCUGUGCGCUUCCAGCGCCAGCGUUCCAGCCUCUCCUUCGAGGAGUUUUCCGCGGCCUCUGAUGAACUCUUGUACUCGUCGCUCCAUGCAGUGGUGCACAGCGCGUCGCUCGUCGUCCUCAACACGAAAACGUCGCUUUCUGACCUCUACAACCAGCUUUCGUCCCUCAACUUACUCGACCCCACACGCUUGCGGCCUACCUGGGACGCGUACUUCAUGUCUCUUGCAGACUUGGCGGCCUUGCGCUCCAACUGCAUGAAGCGCCGUGUUGGCUGUGUUAUCGUAAAGAACCACCGGGUCAUGGCGACUGGGUACAACGGGACUCCACGCGGCUUGACAAACUGCAAUGAGGGGGGGUGUCCGCGCUGCAAUUCGGGUACUUCGGGGUUGCUUGCCACGUGCUUGUGUUUGCACGCUGAAGAGAAUGCGCUUCUCGAGAGCGGAAAGGAGCGUUUGGGGUCGGGAAACGGUACUGACGGCGUGGUCUUGUACUGCAACACGUGUCCCUGUUUGACUUGUUCCAUCAAAAUUGUGCAGUGUGGGGUAAAGGAGGUUGUUUACAGCCAGUCAUAUAACAUGGAUGAGCAGAGCGCAGAAGUUUUGCGCCAGGGUGGGGUAACUUUGAGACAGUUUUCGCCGCCAAAGGAAGGGGUGUUUGUCUAA